CAUGGCCCUCCGAAUUGCUCCUGUGCCGAUUUGCAACAGUUUCCAUGCAGAAUCUUUCCGUGCAGUCGAUUAAGAUUGCCAGAUCAAUUCUGCCCAGCAAAGAUUGUAAGUCUCUCAGCUGAUCCACGUUUCUUGGGUAUCCUUCAAUGA